CUUCAGGACAUAGCCAUUGUCAGCAGCAAAGAAGAUGAAUUGCAGCGUGUGCACUGGAUGUUCAAGAAAGAAAACCAUGAUUACAAACUAGAGGAAUGCACAAAAUUUUUCGUUAUACUUGAGAUCGCAAAAGGGUGGUGUAUUUAUGAGAUAGACAUUGCUGCAAGAACUCUACGCGUAAUGGAUCCCAUGCUUACAACCUCCCCACCAGGUUCACUUGAACAGAAGCACAAAGAAACAAGCAAGUGCGUCACCCGAUGCCUCUUCAAAUGCCUCAAUGCAUGUUAUCCAGACUGUUCUGAGAGUGGCUUCUAUGUCCUGCACUACAUCAAGGAGUAUGAUGGGUGCAGGCUGCAAAUAAUGCCAACCCCGCUUUAAUUGGAUACAUGAAGAUGCAGAUGGCAUACGAGGUUCUCCACAUGAAGGGGAACGAAAAAUGCUCCACCGUGUAUGGUUCCAGCCAUGCUUAAAAAUGCGGGAGUUUGAAUCGCGGUACAAGUAGAAGCCACCCUUAAUCUAUUGCAAAAAGAUCAUGAACGAGACAAGCUAUGUACGCACAUCAUCCUUGGUUUGGCUCCCCCUUAGGAUGUCGGUCUUUACGACGCGCUACGCGUACUAUGGCUCCUAUCAUAUUUUAUCCUUCAUGUACUGAAUUUCCCUAGCAAGACUUUUAGCCUACUUAUGUUGUGUAUUGCCGACUUUAAUCGAUCUUAUGUUGUGGAUGAUCACCUGCUUGUGACCUAAGUACAAUGUUCAUGUAAUAAGACUUUAAGACUUUUA